ACUCCGUAUACAUGUGGAUGAACUCAUAUUAAAAGACUAAAACCCCUUACCUUCUACUUUUCCAUCUCUGAAAUACAUAGAGAUUCCUUCUACCCUGGCCUUCACCAUAUGAUAUAAGAAACAACAAGUCUUCCAACACCCCUUUUCCUUAGGUUCUAUCUAUCUUCUCCCUGCUCCUCAUCCCUUUCCACCCUCCAUGGCCACAAGCUCAAACCCAGAUGCCAUGGUGACAGAUGCCUCACCCCUCACCAUCGCCGUGGAGAGGAGCCCACCUGAGUCCCGAUUAUUGGAGCUUGGCAUCAAGUCGUGGCCCAAGUGGGGUUGCCCUCCAGGGAAGUUCCCUCUUAAGUUUGAUGCGGAAGAGACAUGCUAUCUCCUCAGAGGAAGGGUGAAGGCCUACAUAAAGGGAUCCUCUGAGUGCGUGGAGUUUGGCGCCGGAGAUCUUGUGGUCUUCCCCAGGGGACUCAGUUGCACUUGGGAUGUCUUGGUGGCCGUUGAUAAACACUACAAAUUUGACUCAUCUUCUUAACUCCCUCCCAUUCUUCUUCUUCUUCUUCUUCCUCUUCUUCUUCUUCUUCUUCUUCUUCUUCUUCUUCUUCUGUUCCUCUUCUUUCCCUUUCUUUUUUUCUUUUAUAUCAGUGUUAGCUUUCUCUUUUAAUAUUUUAUGGGUUUGUGGUUAACAUUAACUCUGAAGGCGUUUAGGUUGUGAUUCCAAUCAGAAAAAAAAAAAAAAAAACCCAUCAGCCAAUGCAGGCCCCUUUCAAAGCAAUUUUAUUUAUUCCUUUGAAUGAGCUUUGAAUGCUUCUUUCACCACCAUCACCAUCCUGUGGGUGAGUUUAGGAGUUUUAUUCACCACCCCUCAACUUUUGUAACUCGUAAGCAUUUAAAUGAAUGAUGGAUGUUUCUCCUUA